GCCAGUGCUCCGGGCUCCCCUUGGCAUUGGCAAGCAGAUUCGAUUUCUUCCGUUUUAGUUUCACGGUCAUACAAUUAAAAUAUUUUAUCCCUAAAUUUUAUUGGAAUUUUUAAUAGCAGGAACCCUAAUCUUAUCUCCAAAGAUAGAUCCCUAUUGUUCUGUGCAUUGUGUUCAAUUUAUUAUUUCGUUAUAUAUUUUUUAUAAAUAAAAACAUGAGCAACCGGAAUCCAAAUACUUUAAUGAGUGUACCAGACGAUCAGUUUGAUUAUUUAUUUAAAAUAGUUCUUAUUGGUGACUGCGGAACAGGGAAGACAUGUAUUGUACAGCGUUUAAAAUCCGGAAACUUCAUAGAACGGCAUGGAAAUACAAUAGGCGUAGAUUUCUCGAUGAAAACUUUAUUAGUUGAUGGAAAGAAGGUCAAGCUGCAGAUAUGGGAUACAGCAGGACAGGAAAGAUUUAGGACUAUUACUCAGAGUUAUUAUCGUUCAGCCAAUGGAGUAAUAAUAGUGUACGACAUAACAAAGAGAUCAACAUUUUUGUCUCUAAAGAAAUGGAUAGAAGAAGUUAGAAGGUAUACAUCAUCAAAUGUCAUAGUCUCUUUAAUUGGAAAUAAGUGUGAUCUGGCAGAUCAACGCGAGGUUGAAGCUGAAGAGCCUAAGUCUUUCUGCCGUUAUGUUCCAGAGAUUAUGUUUGUUAUGGAGACCUCUGCUAAAGACAAUACUAAUGUUGAAGACACUUUCCGAAGCUUAGCCACAGAAUUGAAGCGUCAACAUGAUAGCAGCGAAGGCCCACCCGCUGACAAUGAUGCUGUUGUACUCGGAGAAAGUCAUUCUGUGAGUCGGUGUCAACCUUGCCGUUCUUAGUUAAUAUUUGUAUAUAUGAACAAUAUUUAAAUUGUGUUAAUUUCUAUGUCUAAGUCUUUCAAACCGUUAUAGGUUUGAUAAUGAAAUUGUUAACUGGACAAUUUUAUUAGUUAUAUUAAAACUCCCAUGUCGAAGAAACCUGUCACCUGAUGUUAUAUAGCCGUGCUCUAUGGACUAUCCAACGUUAAAAAAUUCCUUAUCAAACCAGUAGGUAGUUCCCGAGACUAGUGUGAACAAAAUCUUUUGUUUUUUAUUUCUUAAUUAUAAAUUAAUCUUGGCUAUGAAGAUCUGUUAAUUUGUCACAAAUACAUGCCAAAUCUAUAUAAGAUAAAGUUGUAAAGUUCUAGUAUUAGUGGCAUAUUAGUAUUAGUUGCUUUUAGUUUGACCUGAGAAGCCAUUUUAAUCUAAUUAGUACCAAAAACAGAUUAGGUAAAUUCGAAAUUCACGUUAAUUAAAUCAAAUCAUGAUUCACUGUCACUGUUUUUCUUUCACUUUAAUUAACAAAAAAUGACGUUCGUAAAAUGUUUUUUUUUUAUUUAAU